AUGCACUUCUCACUCCUGAUGGCUUUGGCCACUUUGGCGUCGCCUUUUCGAAGGGUCGCAGGCCUCUCAAUGCAACUGACAAAACGAGAGAUGCCGGCUGUCUUUUCUCUUCCAGUAGAUUAUCACCCCGUCUCUCAGGCGAAACUGCAGAAAAGGAAUCCAUCUCCUACUGACAUUACACCCUUUGUCAAAUUGAGUGUCGGAACGCCACCACAGCUGAUAGGACUGGCGGUAGAUCUCCAAAAUGCUUUCAUCGCUUUUCUCGUGCCGAACACCACGGACUGUGUUCCGCAGUCAAAUACAACCUCAGCACAAUAUAACUGCGCUGCUGAUGACUAUUGCGCUGUCAUGGGAUACUUUUGCCCUGCGGCGUCGUCGACCAUGAAGUCGAUACAACCCUCGAAAUCAGACCCGGAAGGCCCCGUCAACGCGGAUGUCGUGACAAUCGGCAGCCAGAGAGUGACUGUGAGUGUUCCAAACCUAGUACUGGAGGCCAAAUUAAUUGAUCUUGGGAAUUUCUUAGACAGUAGAAUGGGCAUUGCGCCUGGCUCACCCUUGCUAUACCUGAUGGUUGACCAGGGCUUCAUCAACUCUCCGUCAUUCAGCCUUUGGAGCUAUGGGACUCAAAAUAACCAGGGACAGUUGCUUUUCGGUGGAGUCAACAAAGCAAUGUACAAAGGGACGCUCCAAGCAUUUCCUCUUUCAGGACCAAAUAACAACGUGAACGCGCCAAUCGCAGCAAUUGUUGUGGAGAGUGGCAACAGCAGUACUGCUGGCCCAACAACCACAAAACACAACCUCGCCGACUCAACGACAGCAGUAUUAUCUACGAUUGACAUAUUCACUUUCCUUCCCAAUAAGACAGUACAGCAAAUUUAUGCCGAUCUUGACAUCACUCCGACUUUCAUCCCGAGCUUCAGUGCUUCUAUGGGUAUCGUUGAUUGUGCCAGAACGCAGUCCGAGAAUCGCACCGUCUCCCUGGUAUUUGGUAGCGCCACGAUUUCAGUACCUUGGAGCGAACUAUUCAUCCCUGUUGAGGACGAUACCUGCGAGUUUACCAUCGUGCCAUACAGGCCGGACUUGACCUCCGGGCCAGGCAGCGAAUUACAAAUCGGCGCUACUUUCCUUCAAUACAUGUAUUUGGCUGUGGACUACGAUAACAUGUUCGCCGCCGUAGCGCCCCUGAAUCCCAACCCAGGCCCGGAUAAUAUCUUGGAAAUAGGGAAUGUGACAGGAAUUCCGGACGCUGAUGGGGACUUUCCAGCUAUCAUUACUCCGUACGGGGCACCGACGCUAACCACCACAACCACGGGGUCCCUGCCAACAUCAACGACAGCUUCAAAAGCGCAAGCCGUAACAUUUACACCUAGAGCUAUGGAUAUAUUACUUGGGGUUAGUGGGGUAAUACUUGCAGUAUUUUAG